GCGCUUUACGCAACUGUGAGGCAGCGGGCGCAAACGGGACACCUCCGCCGAAACUAGACCCCGUCAGCGGGCUGGCAAACAAAACAAGCAGCACACGGUUCGGUUUGUUUUGUUGUGUUUAGUUUUUGUUUGGGGUUUUUUUGGCGUUAGCUGCAUUGCUAUCAGCCGGUAGAAAAUAUCCCUCGCUCCGUCCCAAGCGAUAAAACCAGUGAGGCUGCGUUGGUGGAGAAGCAGAGACAGACUCGGGACAUUUAGUUCCUUCUCACAGCGACCGGUCAUUUUAUCAACGUUACACUUCAUUCAAAGAGAUAAAUUAGCCUGCGAACUAUAUUUCUGCAUAUUUCCUGUUUUUCUUUUGUUUUUUUUUCUUUUUUGAAAUUAAAUCAAAUUUAACCUAAGCAGUCAUGGCUGCUGCUCUGUUCAGAGGAGGAACGGGAUUAUAUGUAAGAUGUAUUCGCAGGGAGUUGUGUAGAGUCGUAUGGAGGCCACAGGCGGCUCUGUUCAGCUCCAAACCCACAGACCGAAAACUACCAAGAAGAACACACAUCAAGAAAGCCAAACCCCAGCCCGCAAUAGACGUCGCUAAACUCCUGGAGCAGCUCUUCUCCCAAAGGAGGCCGAGCACAGCGCCCCCUGCUGCCGGUAAAGCUCAACCUGCCAAAGCCUCUUCCAUGCCUACCGAACCUCCUACCACCUCCUCAAUGAAGGUCUCCACCUCCGAUGUUCCUCGUUUGUCAAAGACAGAGCCCGCGGUUCCUGUCUUUCCCGCUGAAUCCAGUGUUUCCAAGAAGACUGCCUCUACUUUUACCACUCCGCUGCUUUCCCCUCAACCAGAAUCCGCAUCAUCCAAAAACCCAAAGACUUCCUUUUCCUCAGAAACGUCUCAGCAGUCGCCCCUUGGCUUUAUUCAGGUCUCUACUGCUGAUGGUGUCUCCACUGUGACCGUUCCUACAACCUCGAUUUCUCCCUCAACCAGCACAGCACCUGCAUCCUCAGGAUCAGAAGCAGCUACAGCAGAAUGCCAAACUUCAGCCGAAAAAAGGGAAACCAAAGUAGAAACUGCUACAGAGGCAGAUGAACUCACAGCUGCGCCUGUACUGCCCUUAUCAGCCCUCGUGGUAGAGAAGAAUGUAGAGAAAUCCUCUGUUCCAGGAGCUACAGUAGAACCCUUGAUAAAAAGCACAGCAGAACCAUCAGCAGAGGCCAGCCUUCCUCCCGUAGAUGCACUAGAAACUAGGGCUUCUGUUGUUGAAGGUCCAGUAGACACCAUGAUAGACGCCACCGUAGAUACAGCAGCUCGGGAAGUACAAACCAAAGACACGGAUUCAGGAGAGGUUGACACCUCAUACACUACCACAGUAGAACCCUUAAUAGAAACUGCAAUAGAACCAUCAGCAGAGACCAGCAUCACUCCUCUGGAAACGUUAGAUAGUAUGGCUGUUGUUGCUGAAGGCACAGUAGAGCCUACCAUAGAAGCUGAAGCACAUAUCGAAGGAGUGGUUCACGUCUCAUACGGUGCCAAAGAUGAACUUUUAGUAGACACUAGAAUUAAUUUGCCAGCAGAGGCCGGCCUUCCUCCGGUAGAAGCACUAGAAACUAGAGCUUCUGUCGAAGGAACAGUAGAGUCUGCAGUAGAUGCAACAGUAGAUGCUCCAACUGAAGAAGUACCAGCCAAAGGCACUGACUUGGGAGGGGUUAACAUCUCGCGCACUACAACAAUAGAACCCUUAUUAGAGAUUAAAAUCGAAACUAGCGCUUCUGUUGCUGAAGGUGCAGUUGAGUCUACAAUAGAAGCUGUAGCAGACACAGCAACUCAAGCCAACAGCACAGACUCAGCAGCGGUUAACAUCCCACAUGCUGCAACAGUGGAGCCCUUAUUAGAAUGUACAGUGGAACCAUCAGUAGAGGCCAUCACCUCUCCUCUAGAGAGUCCAGCAGCUGUUGUUGUAGGUACAGUAGAGCUUUCAAUAGAAAGCCAAGGUGCUGACAACCUGUCAUUCACUGCCUUAAUCCGAAAGGCACACGAAUCCCCAGUCUUACCUUCGCAAAACCAAGAAGAAUCUACAGUAGAAUCACCCUCGGGAAAUGUUGCUGUGGAAGAGGGGGUGAAAGAGUCUGAAAAAAUGACUUUAGAGUCUGUAACACUAAGUUCAGUUCAGGCUUUGCUGGAGUCUUUGAAAACUGAUGAGCUCCUCCAAACAAAAUUUGUUCUCGACGAGAAAGCAGAAGGACGACUCCAGGAGCUGAUAGUCCAGACGGGGCCCGGAGCCGAACACAAAGCUGCAGCCGAAGCCGAGAAUCCAAGUGAAGAUGAGAGAGAGAUUUUAACCGAAGUUCUUUCAAAAUGGGAAUCUCUGUCCGAAGAUCUGCAAGAGUUAGAGGGAGAAACUGGCACGCUGGUCAAAGAGCUGCUCUGUCAUGUUCCUGCAGUGCUUUCCGAAACCCCUGGCACGGUAAAAACAAGUUCGGUCUCUGAUCAACCUGUGGGAGUAAAUGGAGAAUCUUUGCAGAUGGAGGAGAAGGCAACUGAAGAAGAAGCCAUGACGCUGGAGUCCAUAACUUUAGUAGAAGUGAAGGCUAAAUUUGGGAGCCUUGAAACCGAAGUUCUGCAAGAAACAAGCAGUGCACUUCAGAGAGAAGCUGAUGUGCUAGCGAAAGAGGAGAAGAUGGAAGGUAGGACGGCAACCGAGGACGUUGUUUUUGAGGACACAACAGAGGCUGAAAUUUUAACUCUAGAUGCUAUUUCUGAAGCAACCGAUGCGAUAGAAGCCGAGACAUCGGUCAUGUUAGAGGCUAUGUUUGGCUCUGAGCAAGGACCAAGGCAGCCAAGUGACACUCUACUUCUGAAACUGGUACCGCAGAAUCAAAUGAUUGGUCAGGAAGCAGAAAAAGAGUCCGGAGAGCAGGAAGGAAGUGUCUUGGAGGCCAUGUCUCUUGAGUCCGUGACGUUGGCUGAAGUUGAGGCCUCUUUGGGAACUCUGGAGAACGAGUCUCUGAGUGAAACCACGACUUAUCUGGAGAGUGAAGCUGAAAUCUUUGCUGGAGAGAGAAGGGUGGAGGUAGAAGAAGCGACAGCUUCCGAAGAGAUUACUGAGGCUCUGCAUGUCGAGUCUUUAUUUCUGCCUGAAGCUGAUGGUCUGCCCGAAGAUCUGCAGACGGAUGCGCUGAUGGAGGAGCUGCUCUUUACCGUUCCUGGGCAUGUAGGAGGCGCAACAGGAGCUCAGAUUGGUCAGGAGGUUGUAAGAGCAAAUAUUUUGGAUGCAACAGUUGCCACGGGGUCAGCAGCCGUCGAUACAGCGGCAGCAGAAACGGGUGAUUAUCCGGCUUCUCCUGCUCCAAAGGAGGUGCUGCUGGGACAGGAGACGGUGGAGGAGGGAGCACAGACUGAAGAAGGUACAGGGACACGUGCAGAUUUGGAUCCAGUCCAAAGACUAUUCCUGGAGAAGAUCAGAGAAUACAACAACAUCCACAGGUUGAGCGGAGGACCAGUGGAGGCAGAGCCGGACUACGGGAGGCGCCUGGCAGAGGAGACGGCCAAGCUUCGGAGACUGUACGGAGGAGGAGACCUGGGCAGCUUCCCUCAGUUCACCUUCACCGAGCCCAAAGUGGACCCGGACUCCAAAUGAUCCAUGAAUGCGACCUCCUGCUCUUUAAGGUCUUCGUCCUGCCCCUGUCCUCUCAUGGUUUUACUUCCUCCUCCAUUACCUCUCCAUUUCAAAUUCUACUCCACGGAGGAGCUGAGAGAAUGGGAGAAGGGGAAGCAUAUAAAGUUUGUAUUGGAUGAUCUGCCGGCAAAACAAGGGAGGAAUGGAUUCGUGGCUGUUCGUUUUAACCGUGCAAUAAUGAUAGAAACAGUUUUGGUUCAUUAAAGGAGCAAUUUCAAAGGA